UCCGAGUAAGAGAUAAGAAAAGCUGUAUGGUGUGCGCGCACAACGUGUUUCUUUGCCACUCGAACGAAAGCACCAUCGAUGGAACCUUCAGCUGAGGAUGUUCAAGUCGCAACGGCCUGGAAAUUGCAUUACUUGGCAUGUACAUGCGUGACGCUGGCUACAUUCUGGACCUAUGACUACAUUAGUUUACUUCACGAAGAGUGGACAUUCCUGCUUCAGUCACGCUGGACUAAGCUGAAAGCCCUUUAUAUCGUUGCACGAUAUAUCCCCUUCUUCUUCAUCGCCACGGACCUAUAUAUGAUCUUCACCCCGAACGAGAACCCAGAUAAAUGCCGGAUGUUGAUCAAUAUUUACUCAUGUUUUGGAGUGAUAUCACUCACUUGUUCUGAAUGCUUUUUUGUGCUCAGAACCUAUGCGCUUUGGAACAAAAAUCGAACUUUACUUGCAACGAUGAUGUUCGCCCUUGUUUCUACCAUCAUAUUAUUCAUCGGUAUUUGGUUUACGAGCAUUGCUACCUCCGAUGUUACGACUAGCGCGAUCCCAGGCAUGGUAGGCUGCUACCGAAGCUCGCGCAGCAUCUAUUUCUUCAUGCCGUUUCUUCUCUUGUUUAUGUUUGCACUGGGAUUGGUCUUCCUCACUCUCAUACGUGUCAUACAGAGCUGGCGGACAGUCAGAAGCCCUCUGCGCACCAUCCUGGAGAAACAUAAUAUGUUCUACUAUGCAUGUAGUUUACUUCUCUCAGCCGUGAACGUCCUCAUGCCAGUGCUGUUUUCCUAUGUUUCCGCAUAUUACUCCGUCCUCGAACAUUUUCAAGUUCUUAUCCUUGCAAUCCUAGCCACGCGCAUGCAUCUCAAUCUUUGGCAUACCGACCAGCAUGUGCACGACUCUAAUGUCCUCUUAUAUAUUCCCAUGUCCAACAUGUCACCUACAGACUGUAUGGUAUAACGUCUUAUCGUGUGGCUUAUUUGACGUUGUUGGUGUACCGAAGUCUGCCUUUUUGGACUGCAAGAUGGCUGAUCCUGGUGGUUUGGUUG